UGGAGCGAACGUGAGUGAAAGGAAUGAAGACAAUACUUAUUUCAUUAUAAAUGAAGUCGAAAUUUCAACGUUUUGGAUAAAAAAUUUUAUAAACAUAUUCUUGAUAUCAGAGAAUAUAUAAAAUGGAUAAUUCAGCGUCUAAUUCAAGUGAUGUUAAGAAGAGAUUAUGUCCAUACAAGGAAAAAUGUUACCGCAAAAAUCCUAUACAUUUCAAUGAAAUGAUGCAUCCACACCUGGAGAAUUUGGUGAUUAAUCGCUUGGACGAAACAAUAACAGUCCCCGCCCACUUAGAUUUCGAAUGUCCCGACAGAUCUCAGUUGCUAGAUCAACUGAAAGUCCUACAAAUGGUUCUAAAAAAAGAACGCGAUAGAAAUGGCGAUUCAUCAUCGACCAAACAAUCUUCCACCCUUUCAGAUAGUUCCAAAAAGCCAGAAAUACCCUCGAAAAAUCCAAAAAAUAAAUCACCCAGUCCAAAAUCUAUUUCUCCCACUCCCAAAUUUGCAAAUUCUCCGAGUUCAAAAGCCAAAGACAAGGUUUCUGAAGAUCUGAAAAAGAAGGUAGAAAGAAACAAACAAGCCGCAAUCCUCAGAAGAGAAUCAAAGUUAAAAGAACUCGAUUCCAAGGCUGCAUCAGUUACAAAUCCUCUCUCCGGUGCCAAAGAUUCAGACGAUCCUGAAGAAAAACCAAAACAAGGGAUGAAACGAAAUAAUUCAGAAAAUAAAACCACCGAAGUGAAGAAGCCGAGAACAAAAGAUUCCUGUCCGCAGAAAGAAACAAGUAGCUUCAAUUCUCAGUCUAGUUCAGCUUCUAGUUCAGCUUCCGCUUCCAGUUCUAGUUUCUCAUCCCCCCAGUCAAAAGGAUCGUCGCUAGUCGACAAUUUUACAGACUGCAAAUCAUCAGCAGACCGGGAAAAGAUUCGCGAAAUUGCCCUGUCAAAAAUGCGAAUGUCAGGAUACAAAGUUGAUGUUGUCAAGCCUGGAGAAUUCGCUUUCAAAUACGCUCUCUCAGCUCCCUAUCAUAUUUUCUUCACGAGAGUUGAAAAAUUGAGGGAAACUUACGACCAGCCCCUGACUAUCACUUUUGCGGAAUUGCUUGACAAAAGUCUCGGCGAGAUUGAGGAGAGUCUUCAUCUGAAUUUUAUGGUGGACUUUGGAUGGCUGUGUCUUCAGUAUCUCUUGGCAGCUCAAUCAGCGAAGAUGUUGGUGAUGUACGAAAGUAGAGUUGAUUCCGAUUCCCUGCCGCCGAAUAUUACUGCUAUUGAAAUUCCAAAACCGUCCGCCUUCGGCUGCCAUCAUACCAAAGUCUCGAUUCUAAAGUACAAGGAUGAUGGAAUUAGAAUUAUUGUUUCCACUGCUAAUAUUUACUCGGAUGAUUGGGAACACAGAACUCAAGGCCUUUGGAUAUCGCCUCACCUUCCGCGACUUCCAGAAUCAGCAAAUUCGACAGAUGGAGAGUCGCCUACCGGUUUCAAACGAGAUUUAGAGAAGUAUCUUCUAUUCUACAAACAUCCAGCCUUAGUACAGUGGGUUUAUAUGUUACGAGGGGCUGAUUGUUCCGCGAUAAAUGUCUUCUUCGUAGCUUCUGUACCCGGAAGUCACAAGGACAGAGAACUCAACAGCUGGGGACACAAAAAGCUUGGAACAAUUCUUUCCCAGCAUGCCACAUUGCCUCCGGAUGGGAGCUAUUGGCAAAUCAUCGCCCAGUGUUCGAGUAUUGGAAGUUUUGGACCAAACUACGAAAAUUGGUUGCUCAAGGAUAUUGUCUCUUCAAUGGCCAAAGAGACAAAAGCUGGGAUCAAAAGUCUCCCUAAAUUUCAAUUUAUUUAUCCUACGAUUGACAAUUUCAAGACUAGCGUCGAUUGCCGCGAGGCCUCUUGUUGUCUUCCUUAUAGCAUGAAGACUCACUCGAAACAGGAAUGGAUCGAAUCUUACAUGUAUCAAUGGAAGGCGAGUAAAAUAAAAAGGGACAGAGCGAUGCCACAUAUUAAAUCCUAUACGAGGAUUUCUCGAGAUAACAAACAAAUUGCCUGGUUUGUUCUGACUAGUGCGAAUCUUAGCAAAGCUGCUUGGGGAACUUAUAGACAGUCGAAUUAUAUCAUGAACUACGAAGCCGGAGUUGUCUUCCUCCCCAAGUUUAUUACAAAGAGGACAACUUUUCCUAUUCAAGAGCAAGAAUCUCCGGAUGUACCUGUUUUUCCAAUUCCAUACGAUCUACCUCUGACUCGUUAUGGACCUCAAGAUAAGCCAUUUGUGAUGGAAUUUUUCGGCAGUGAAUAAGAACCUUCUAAUUAUAAUAAAGUUAGUGAUUUUUAGUUUUAUACAUUGAACGUUAAUAAUGAUGUUUGAUGAAGUCGCCUUUCUGAAUUUUUUACAAAAACAUUUAUUUUUCAAUAAAAAAAAUUUUUAUACA